AUGUCUGAAUCUACGGUUGCACCGUUGAUUAAAAUCGGACAUUAUACGCUGGGAAGAACGCUUGGCAAUGGAACUUUUGGAAAAGUAAAAAUUGGAGAACAUAUUGUGACUAAGCAUAAAGUCGCAAUUAAAAUCCUAAAUCGUCAGAAGAUAAAGAGCCUUGAUGUUGUGGGUAAGAUAAGACGUGAGAUCCAAAAUCUCAAACUGUUCAGGCACCCGCAUAUUAUUAAACUGUAUCAAGUGAUAUCAACGCCUUCCGACAUUUUUAUGAUUAUGGAGUUUGUAAGUGGCGGUGAACUAUUUGAUUAUAUUGUAAAGCAAGGAAAGCUACAAGAAUCUGAAGCUCGAAAGUUUUUCCAACAAAUCAUCUCCGGUGUCGACUAUUGUCAUCGUCACAUGAUUGUUCAUCGCGAUUUGAAGCCAGAAAAUCUUCUACUUGAUCACAAUAUGCAUGUCAAAAUUGCUGAUUUUGGGCUUAGUAAUAUGAUGUUGGACGGAGAAUUUUUACGAACAUCAUGUGGAUCUCCAAAUUACGCAGCUCCAGAAGUUAUUUCUGGAAAAUUAUAUGCUGGACCUGAAGUUGAUAUUUGGUCAUGCGGUGUUAUCCUUUAUGCUUUACUUUGUGGAUCUUUGCCAUUUGAUGACGAACAUGUUCCAACGCUAUUCCGUAAAAUCAAAAGUGGAAUCUUUCCAAUCCCAGAAUAUUUAAAUAAGCAAGUCGUGUCAUUAUUAUGUCAAAUGCUUCAAGUAGAUCCACUUAAACGGGCAACAGUCGAAGAAAUUAAGAAGCAUGAAUGGUUCCAAAAAGAUUUACCUGCAUAUCUUUUUCCAUCGCCUGUUGAACAAGAUUCAUCACUUAUAGACAUGGGAGCGAUUUCAGAAGUUUGUGAAAAAUUCGGUGUAAAGGAAAUGGAAGUUCAUAAUGCUUUAUUAUCUGGUGAUCCACACGAUCAAUUAGCUAUUGCUUAUCAUUUAAUCAUCGAUAAUAGAAGAAUGGAUGAAGCUGCUAAAGCAGAAAUUAAAGAUUUUUAUGUUGCAUCAUCGCCGCCUCCACAACCAAUCGUAGUUCCUCAACCCGUACAUCAUCAAAAUAGCGAUCCAUCUAAACCACAUCCAGAACGUAUUGCGCCAUUACGUGAUAGAGCAAUGAAUAUCCAGUCAUCAAGCUAUCCAACAGAAGGAAGUACCGUGUCAUCAGAUCGUGCAGCAGUUAUACAAGAAAAGUAUCGAGGAACACCAGUUAAACGUGCAAAAUGGCAUUUAGGAAUUCGGUCACAAAGCAAGCCGAAUGAUAUUAUGUUGGAGGUUUAUCGUGCAAUGAAGGCUUUAGAUUAUGAAUGGAAGGUCAUCAAUCCAUACCACGUGCGAGUACGUAAGAAGAAUAAAGAAGACCGAUAUGUUAAAAUGUCAUUGCAACUUUAUCAAGUCGAUCCAAAGUCAUAUCUUGUUGAUUUUAAGAGCCUUACAAACGAAGAAGUAGAACAAAGUGACGAUAUGAUUAGCUUGACACCACCAAUAGCUGGACAGCAGCAAAUUAUUACUCCACCACAAAUUUCAGGACAUCAUACUAUGGAGUUCUUUGAAAUGUGUGCAUCUUUAAUUAUCCAAUUAGCUCGUUAA